GAUCACACGAGCUAAAGCCAAAUGCGUCCUCCUUCUCAUGUCCAAAAAAAAAACGUCGUCUUCUCUAAUCUGGCUCUUCUCUUCCGCCGCCGCUGGAUCGGCGACCCUUGCGUGCUCCAACGGCCGCGUCCCUCGAAACAUAAUCCCUGCGGACGAUCUCUGCAGCAAAAUCAUCUUCUCUCUUCUCGCCAGCCUCCACCAGCGACACCGCAGAGAUGGGCGGCGCCGACUGCAACAGCACGGAUUUCGGCGCCGCCGCCUACUGGGACGCCCGCUACUCCUCCCCCUCCACCGGCGGCAAGGGCCGCGGCGGCUUUUUCGACUGGUACCAGGCGUACCCGGCGCUCCGGCCAAUACUCCGCGCCUGCGUUCCCACCUCCUCCCGCGUCCUCAUGCUCGGCUGCGGCAACUCCCUUCUGUCGGAGGAUAUGGUAAAGGAUGGUUACGAGGACAUAGCAAACAUGGACAUCUCCUCGGUUGUUAUCGAGCAGAUGAAGGAGAAACACAUGGAUAUCCCACAGCUUACAUAUAUGCAGAUGGAUGUCAGGGAUAUGAGUCUCUUUGCAGAUGGAUCGUUUGAUUGCGUCAUUGACAAAGGGACCUUGGAUGCUAUGAUGUGUGGCGAUGAUGCCCCUCACGGUGCUUCCAAAAUGCUAGAAGAAGUGGCAAGGAUUAUGAGACCUGGUGGAAUUUAUAUGUUGAUAACAUAUGGUGCUCCUAAGGAACGUCUCACACUUUUGAAUCAAGCCCGAUGCCGUUGGAAUGUUGAGCUAUACAUUAUGCCAGCCACACCUGAAUACCAGUUGAAACGGAGCAAUGGCGCUUCACACGCUUCCAUGGAGAAAGUUAAACUGACAGUGGAUGGCCAACUGCCGCCUGACUAUGUUUUUAAGGAUCCAGAGUCAAAUUUCGUUUAUGUUAGUUACAAGUCAGAUACAGCGAGUGAAAAUAAUUCCAUAGUUGGUGGUCAAGGGGAAACCACGACUUCUGAAUAAUUUGUUUUUCAUCCUUGGAUUGCAUGGUAGUUAUGAAAAUGCACUCUUUUGUGCCAUUCUAAGCGUGGUUGAUAGUAACUGGUUCAUUGCCUGUUGUUGUGGAAAUUGGAAAAUUUAAGAAACAGUUCUGAUUUGUUUGUAUCUGCCAUUAA